AUGUCGAAUCCAAACCAGCUAUACCUCCUGGCCGACCAUAUCAAGCUCUCCCUGCUGGAACGGCAGCGGGCGCAGAGCCUCAAUCUCGAUGGCGAUUCAAAGGACGGACAUAUAUCUAGAUCUUUAGAUCAGUUCAAAGAUGGAUUAGAAGCGCUAGAAAAAGAACAGAAGAGGCUCGAGGAAGCCGGCGAUGAAGAUGGCUCUCUCACCAUCUCCGAUGCCCUUCCCAGCCUACAGAAGCAAUACGACGAUUUGACAUCCCAAUUCCACGGCUUCUCCUCUCCAUCCACCGAAUCCACCCUCACACAUCCGAACGACCCGGCCCUGAGCUCGGACUUCGAGCACGCCACUACGUCGCCCCGCAACAGCAUCUCCAACCCUUCCCAAGCCUCCUCGUCCUCGAAUCUCCGGCCCAAGGGCGCCCGCACCGCCUCCAAAACCGUGCGCUUCACCGACAACCCCGCGAGUCCAUCCGCGACCACAGACCCAGACCUAGAGGCGCAGCUGUUCGGGGCAAGCCGGUACCGGGACAACCCGGGGGACGACAGCCUGGGGUACCGGGACGAGGCGGCGGGAAUGGACAACGUGCAGAUCCACGCGUACCAUCAGCGGAUUUUAAACCAGCAGGACGAGCAGCUAGACGCGUUGGGAGCUAGUAUCGCGCGCCAGCGAGAGCUCAGCAUGCAGAUCGGCGACGAGCUGGAUGAGCAUGUGGCCAUGCUUGAUGAUGUCGAUAGCGCGGUGGACAGGCAUCAAGGGCGGCUAGAUCGCGCGAAGCGCCAGGUCGGCAAGAUUACGAGGGCGGCGGGGGAUAGUAAGCAGAUGAUUGCUAUAAUCAUCCUGAUUAUUGUGUUGGUGUUGCUUAUUGCGAUUUUGAAAUAA